CGCUGAGGGAAGAGCAGCGCGAGAGAAACAACAACUACUACUACUUUCAUCCAACACCAGAGGUCUCACCAUCGUCCACGUCUACUGGGAAACCAAGCUUAGGCUUUUGAGAUAUUCGUUUGGCUUGCAACAGAUAAUUGUACAUCUUCCGUGAACCUUCAACAAUCAGGCUAAUCUGAAAAUGGACAACAUCGCGUCCAUCCCAACUCCCCCGCAUUGCACGGCGGACUUCUGUUUGAUUCCUAUCGGCACCUCGUCCCCAUCAGUGUCCGCCCAAAUCGCCGAUGUCCAACGCCUAGUCGAGAAGUCGGGCCUCAAGUUCGUCAUGCACUCCGCCGGAACAACCCUCGAGGGACCGUGGGACAAAGUUCAUCAGGUCAUUGGGCAGGCGCAUACGAUCCUGCAUCAGCAGGGUAUUGUGAGGAUUCAGACGGACAUUCGGGUUGGAUCAAGAACCGAUAAGGAGCAGUCCUUCGAGGAUAAGGUGAACAAGGUCCGCUCCUUGCUUGGGCAGCAGUGAGCAUCGGUUGUAAGGGCUUUUGUGGUCGAGUUCAAUCUGGCUUACGACCGACAGAUUGCCUGCACCUGUCGGGGCAUGGAAGAUACGGAUGGACGGACAAGGAAGGUAAAUUCAUAUAUAUAAGUACAAUGAUUGACAAGUCGUUAAGAUCC